UGACUGUUUCUCCACACUAACCUUGUGAGUGAGAGUCCGGUUGUGAAACAACAUGGCAACUGCAGGGAAGGUCAUCCGGUGUAAAGCUGCGGUAGCAUGGGAGGCUGGGAAACCUCUGGCCAUGGAGGAGGUGGAGGUGGCACCUCCUAAAGAUGGGGAAGUUCGCCUCAAGAUUGUGGCCACAGGGAUCUGUCACACUGACUCCUACACACUAAGCGGCUCCGACCCCGAGGGAGUUUUCCCUGUAGUGCUGGGCCACGAGGGAGCUGGCAUUGUGGAGAGCGUCGGAAAGGGAGUCACCAAGUUUCAACCAGGGGACACAGUCAUACCCUUGUAUGUCCCACAGUGUGGAGAGUGCAAGUUCUGUAAGAAUCCAAAAACCAACUUGUGUCAAAAGAUCAGGCUCACUCAGGGCAAAGGCUUGAUGCCAGAUGGGACAACCCGUUUCUCCUGCAAGGGCAAGAGCCUCUUCCACUUCAUGGGCUGCAGCACAUUCUCUGAGUACACUGUGGUGGCUGAGAUCUCCCUGGCUAAAGUGGACAACAGGGCUCCUCUCGACAAGGUGUGUCUGCUGGGCUGUGGCAUCACCACAGGUUAUGGAGCUGCACUAAACACUGCCAAGGUGGAGACCGGCUCAACCUGUGCAGUGUUUGGCCUGGGGGCGCUGGGCCUUGCAGCAAUCAUGGGCUGCAAAGCAGCUGGGGCAACGAGGAUUAUUGGAAUCGAUCUCAACCCCGAUAAGUUCAAAACUGCUCGGGAGUUCGGUGCCACAGAAGUGGUGAACCCAAAGGACCACAGCAAGCCGAUCCAAGAGGUCCUGGUGGAGAUGACAGAUGGAGGUGUGGACUACUCCUUUGAAUGUGUGGGCAAUGUGGCAAUCAUGAGGGCAGCCCUGGAGGCCUGUCAUAAAGGAUGGGGCACCAGUGUCAUCAUUGGGGUGGCAGCAGCUGGACAAGAGAUCUCCACCCGGCCUUUCCAGCUGGUGACUGGACGCACCUGGAAAGGCACUGCUUUUGGAGGAUACAAGAGUGUGGAAAGUGUCCCCAAACUGGUGGAGGAGUACAUGAACAAGAAGGUCAAAGUGGAUGAAUUUGUGACUCACACUCUGCCCUUCGAGAAGAUCACUGAUGGUUUUGAUCUCAUGCAUGCUGGGAAAUGCAUCCGCGUCGUCCUUCAGUUCUAGAUGCAGAAGAGCAGAGGAAACCAUGAUGUCACUCCAAGUUUACGCUGCUCAGUUUAAUAAAUACUGUGUCAAAUUUC